AUGGCGACCGAGUUGACCGUCCAGUCCGAGCGCGCUUUCCAGAAGCAGCCUCACAUCUUCCUUAACUCCAAGGUCAAGAGCAAGAAGGCUGGCCAGGGUCGCCGUUGGUACAAGGAUGUCGGUCUCGGUUUCCGUACUCCUUUGACCGCCAUCGAGGGCUCCUACAUUGACAAGAAGUGCCCCUUCGUUGGUCAGGUCUCCAUCCGUGGCCGUAUCUUGACCGGCCGUGUUGUCUCCACCAAGAUGCACCGUACCAUCGUCAUCCGCCGUGAAUACCUCCACUACGUCCCCAAGUACAACCGUUACGAGAAGCGCCACAAGAACCUCUCCGCCCACGUUUCCCCCGCUUUCCGUGUUGAGGAGGGUGACUGGGUUACCGUCGGCCAGUGCCGUCCCCUGAGCAAGACUGUUCGUUUCAACGUUCUGCGUGUCCUGCCCCGCACCGGUAAGGCUGUCAAGUCUUUCUCCAAGUUCUAG